GACAUAUAUAGGUCACAGUACAUAUUUACAUAAUGCAUAAUAUAUGGUCAUAGAGCUAUCUUCUUAAAUAAUCAUGUCUUUUUUCUCUUGCAAAAAACGUUAUUUCUCACCAACAACAAUUCAUAUUUUAUGCUUUUGCCUAUUACUCUACAAUGUUGGCUGCAGUCCUCCUGAAGAUCCAAUCAAAUGCUCAACUAAAAACUCAAAUUGCACCAUAACCAACUCCUAUGGAAUGUUUCCGGAUCGAACCACUUGUCGGGUGGCUGAAGCCAUGUAUCCGACCUCAGAAGACGAGCUUAUUGCGGCCGUGGCUGAAGCAACCAAGAACAACAGAAAGAUGAAGGUAGCAACACGUUUCUCGCAUAGCAUACCAAAGUUGGUAUGCCCCGACGGGAAGGAUGGACUUCUAAUAAGCACCAAAAACCUCAACAAGAUACAUAAAAUCGACACUACCGCCAAAACAAUGACGGUCGACAGCGGAGUAACCCUCCGACAGCUGAUCAACGAGGCGGCAAAGGCAAACUUAUCGCUGCCUUAUGCACCCUACUGGUGGGGGCUUACCAUAGGAGGGAUGCUAGGCACUGGUGCACAUGGAAGCUCAUUGUGGGGAAUGGGCAGUGCAGUUCAUGACCAUGUUGUGGAGCUCCGGAUUGUUAGCCCCGGUGGACCUAAAGACGGGUAUGUUAAGAUCCGAACUCUUAAUGAGACUGAUGUAGAUCUUGAUGCUGCUAAGGUCUCCCUUGGUGUUCUUGGAGUAAUUUCGCAGGUAACUUUGAAACUAGAACCCAUCUUCAAGCGGUCCAUCACUUACACAAAAAAGAUAGAUUCUGACUUGGGAGAUCAAGCCCUAAUCUUCGGUAACCAGCAUGAAUUCGCUGAUCUAACAUGGUAUCCGAGCAGAAAAGAAGUCAUGUAUCGCAUUGAUGAUCGAGUUCCCCUUACGACGAAAGGCAAUGGUCUAAAUGACUUCACUGGGUUUCGCUCAACGCUUUCAGCUGCAUUAGCGAUCAUUAGGUCCUCAGAGGAGAAUCAAGAAUCAAGAGGAGAUGCUGAAGGCAAAUGCAUCGGUGCUAAACUUACAACGUCUCUACUUCGAGCUAAUGCAUAUGGACUCACAAACAAUGGAGUCCUCUUUACCGGCUACCCAGUGGUUGGAUACCAAAAUCGUUUGCAAUCAUCGGGAACAUGCCUAGACAGUCGAGAAGAUGCACUAACCACAGCAUGUCCAUGGGAUUCAAGAGUUAAGGGGGAGUUCUUCCACCAAACCACAUUUAGCAUUGGCAUGUCUAAAGUGAAAGCCUUCAUCCAAGAUGUCCAAAAAUUAGUAUCUCUAGAACCUAAAUCCUUUUGUGGCACUGAGCAAUACAAUGGCAUAUUAAUGAGGUAUGUUAAGGCCUCAACCGCGUACCUUGGAAAGCAAGAAGAUGGCAUAGAUUUCGACAUCACCUAUUAUCGAAGCAAGAAUCCCUUGACCCCACGACUCUUUGAGGAUAUACUCGAAGAGAUGGAGCAAAUGGCAAUGUUUAAGUAUGGAGGAUUGCCACAUUGGGGAAAGAAUCGAAACUUGGCCUUUGAAGGCGCGAUCAAGAAAUACAAAAGUGGUGGGGAGUUCAUAAAGGUUAUGAAGAGGUUUGAUCCAAAGGGAUUGUUUUCAAGUGAGUGGAUCAAUCAAGUGCUUGGGUUGGAAGAAGGUUUGAGUAUAGUUAAAGAAGGGUGUGCCCUUGAAGGGUUAUGUAUAUGCUCUCAAGAUAGUCAUUGUGCUCCUACUAAGGGAUACUUUUGUCGACCAGGAAGAGUCUACAAAGAUGCUCGAGUUUGUAGUACUGCAAAAAAUUAAUAAUUCAUAGUAAUCUUACUCAAUACUUCUUGCUUAACUUAAUGCAAAAGUUCUAAGAAUUAAUGUCCUUUAUAUCAUGUAAUUCACCAUAGUCGAGUAAAUACUUCCUAAAUUAUCAUGUAACACAUAAGAAUAAUGUAAAAGCCGAUUCAAUAAACACAAUAUACAAAAGAAAAAAGAU